CAACAUUCCUCAUCUGCAGAACUCUGUCAUCUCCGGUACUAGAAUAUUAUUGAUUUGUCGCACAACAGACUUUCAGGUUCAUUGCCACCUUGCAUUGGUGCUAUCCCAUUUGGAUACCAUACAGAUGAUGAUGCUUUUUUUCCAAUUAUUUCUACGAUGUGCCCUUUGAUGUGUCACUUUCUAUUAUGUAUUACGACGGUCCAUUGUUCUUGGAUGUCAUUUGUGUCCUGCAAGGCUUCACCUUCUCCACCAAAGGGAACAUUUACACGUUUAGCCGCAGUUUCUACAAUCUCAUGUCCGGCAUUGACUUAUCGGCGAACAUGCUAUCAGGGGAGAUCCCUUGGGAGAUAGGGAAUCUGAGCCAUGUCAAGUCCCUCAAUCUAUCGCAUAAUUUCUUUAUCGGUCAAAUCCCAGCUACAAUUGCAAACAUGAGCGCCCUAGAAAGCCUGGAUUUGUCCCAUAACGAGUUGGGCGGACCUAUACCAUGGCAACUGACUCAGAUGUCAUCUUUGGAGGUGUUCUCUGUGGCCUACAACAACUUGUCUGGGUGCAUACCAAACUCCGGACAGUUUAGCUCGUUCAACAUGGAGAGCUACUUGGGCAACACAAACCUUCAGAAUUCGUCACAAGGGAACCAGUGUUCUCCUGUUCUGGGCCCUAUGGAAGUAGAAGAUGUGGGCGAGGCAUCUGAUGAUCCGGUCCUUUAUAUUAUCUGUGCCGCCUCAUUCGUAUUGGCAUUCUGGGCAACCGUUGCGUUCUUGUUCUGCCUUCCAUUUGGACAGCGUGUGAUGCUUCAACUUUAGUUCAUCACAACUGUUGCUGGGCAGGUGCAAACCAAUGUUUUUGUUUUUAUUCUAGUUACUGGGUAAUGGCCCGGGCAUUGCAACAGGCAUAUAGAAUUUACGCUGAGACAACAUGUUUUCCAAACAAAUGAUAUUUAAA